AUGGGGUCUCUCAUGCCUCAAAUGCAUUUGAACGUCGGGCCCGCAAGCGGAGUCGCAAAUUUCGGUAUAGAAUUUCUCUUCAACCUGCAAAGAUUAGGGAUCGACACCCACGCCAUUUACGUUGCUAGCUACGUUGGCAGCCAGCUGAGGCUGGGUCCGACAGGACACCAUAGCUUACUUCGAGCGCUGCAUGAGAGUGAGCUACACAAAACUGCCUCGAAGACGCUAUGGUUUGGACUUGGCCAAAGGACCCCGAUCGGUUUGCUGACGAGCCAUGAAGCCUGUUCCCACUUUGUGGCUUUAACAGGCUGUUUGCUGGAGAUUUACUCGCCGUGGGUGACGACCAGGAUUAUGCGGGCUUUCUGUGAGCAGUUCGUGCAGAGGGCCCCAGCUGGGUUCGGUCUUCGUGUCCCUGGAGAGUUGUCCAUGCAGAAACUUGUUGAAAAGUGUGGGGGUCUUGUUUCUACGACAGCGUUCCCUCUUCUAGCGGAAAAAUUUAUGUCUUUUGAUGGCGAGUCGACUGUUGGGCGACAGACAUGGCCGAAGCUCGAUUCCUCUGACCAUAUUAGGUCUUUGAGGAAGAUCUCAGAUCCACAGAGUAUUGCCGAAGCGCUUUAUGCCAUGACGGGCCUUGCAAAGAGGGAGGAGCGGAAUAUUCGCAAUAUCACGCUUGUAGGAACGGCGGACGGGGCGGCUCUUGCGGCUAUUGGGGCUUGGCUCUUUGACCUCAGUGUCACUAUAUACAACAAAAGCGACAAUCGCCGGCGAUAUUCCAACUUUGACGAGAGGAAACAGCAGGCGCAGCUGACAGCAGUGCUUGCUCAAGCUCAUCAGACCCGGUCUGUAGCGAAAACAGAGACGAUCUUUCCUUUGAAAAACGUGGAUGAUGUUAAGGCAAGGCAUAUGAUGGAUGAUCCAGACCUAGAAGACAUGAUUUCAAGCCGAAUAUCUUGGGAUAUCAUUCUUGAGAAAACAUUCCAAGAGGCUUUUCUUUCAUUGAAGCAAUCUCCAGAAAUCUUUGGGACCGUCGUUGGGAGUGGAGCUCGCAUUUUCUCUGGCAUCGCUAAUGGCGAGCGUGGGGUCCCUAUGGAGUGGACUCGUGAAUGCACGAUCCACUUCGAGAAUAGCUACGGGAUAAACUACGUUACCUUCCUGCAGCGACGGUUUCCAGAACUUGGUUACAAGGGCUUCCAUCGUUCUAUGCUGAACGCGGCUUCUAUUCAGUCGUUUAAAGAAGCCACGGAUACUUUCGAGAACGCAGUCGGGCUGCUUUGCAAAAAGUGCGCUUGCAAACUAUGUUCUAAAGAAUCUGGUGCGAGGAAGCAUUCCCCAUACUGUCUUGCUGUGCUCACCCUUACCGUCCUGCGCUUCGGUAGACCCCUGGCAGGUAUCAACCCCAUUGCUGCCCUGUAUCCCCAGCGGGGUGGCCUGGAAUAUCUAUAUGGCAUUCAGCGGCAACGUUUUUGUCAGAUAGUAAGAGGUAAUAAACCGAUGCCUUUCUUCAUGUCGGUUAUUGAGACCGAGUACCGGUUUCUCGAACUCUCCGUCAUGCAGGUGGCAAGGUGUCUUUUCAGUCGCCCGAUACAAAGCCCUAAGGAUGAUCCUAUGAGAUUCUCAUCUGCGAUAGAUGAAGACGGGAUCUGCUACUACCUGGAAAUCCUGCGCGACCCCUAUCAUAAUAAUGUUGUCAACUAUGCACGGGUCAAUGUGCUGAACGGCCAUAUUCUCUACGAAGGCCGGUACUAUCGAUAUAUCGAUGAGCCUGUCCGAAGCCAUUGGGAUAUCCACCGUCGUGAAAAGACAGAGGGCAGCAUGCAGAACAUUUCCAGGAGGGCGGUCGAGGAUAUCCAACGUUGCUAUGGUUCUACACCUGAAUUACAACUGACAGUUCGAACGUCCAAUAAGGUAUUGGAAGAAUUCUUGCAGGUGUCAAUUGCCCUUGUUCGAGGAAGCACUGUUCUGUCUCACGUUGGCCCUCGAUUUGUUGUCGACAGCAUUGCACAUGGAAUGGGACGAGCGGCCUGUCGGAGAGACGGAUGCAAGUCGUCCGCUGAUCUUAAGAAGGAAAUAACGAAGGAGCUCGCUAAGGCUCGACAGCAGCAACCCGUAUGCACAAUCAACAUCAGAGGACAUGAGGUGGCUAUCGUGAAUGGAGAUCAAGGCUCGACACUUAUGGCUCUAUAUGGGCUGUAUAAUCCACUGGUGGCUCGCCAGGAGUGUCUCGCUUGUUGUAUUGAAAGUGGGUGCAGCAUCCCAGGCUGGAAGAAGUUCCCGGUCAUUUUGGCACAACCUGCGUCCCGGAAUGGGUUAGUUCUGCUGAAAUAG